UGGUCAGGUCCGUGUGGGUGGUGAGGGGUGGACGAGCUGACCUGCCAUGCGCUCCUUCCCCUAAGCACGACAAAGACUCUGCUCUCCUCGUCCUUUGGUACAGAUCCAGCCAAACUCUUCCCGUGUACAGUUACGACGCACGGGAUGGGGAGUUCACCUCUGGCGUGCGGUGGGCGGACGAGGGUGUGCUGGGCGGGCGAGCAAACUUCUUGCCCACAUCUGAGCCUCCCACAUUGGUGCUAGAGCCCGCUCACUCUCCUGACCAAGGCAUCUACACCUGCCGGGUCGAUUACCGCAUUUCUCCCUCAACCACCGCCUACGUUAACCUCACCGUCGUUAUUCCUCCUGGCCCACCCACGAUCUUGUGGGGUGGGAGCGGGGUGGUGAGCGUCGUCGGUCCAUUGGGUGAAGGCGAGAGGGUGGAGCUCGCCUGUCGCAGUGGGCGGUCGACCUCCUCCUAUACUCACCUGGAUGAGACGAGGGCAGCGUAUACCCCCCAUCAGCUACAACUCCACCGCUCAGGCUGACAGAGGUACACACUGGGUAGAGGCGGUUGUGGCCAUCGUGGGUAGCAGGGAACUUCUAGGCAGUACUCUCUCCUGCCACGCCCGCACGCCCACCCACGGCCACACAGACCUCGUACAGCAGCAAACAGCCUCCGUCGUCGUCAAUGUUACACUGGCGCCGGUGGAGGUGAGGAUCUUGGGUUCAGGAUCAGCGGUGACGGCAGGAACCACCAUGAGGCUUGUGUGUCGCGCCGCGGGUUCACACCCCCCAGCCCACCUUACCUGGUGGCGUGGCCACUCCCGCCUCCCCCAGGUCAUCUACGCUAUUGAGGCUGGUGGCAACGUGACGACGGCGACGCUGACGAUGAAGCUGGAGAGAACCCACAACGGCGUCACACUCGCCUGCACCGCCUCCAACCCCGCCCUUCCCCGCGCCCAACACCUCACCGAUACUGUCAAGCUCAAUGUAUUCUAUCCACCUGUCGUUCACCUGUCCCUGGGCCGACCGCUGGACCCUGAAAGCAUUAAGGAGGGGGAUGAUGUAUACUUUGAGUGCUCCAUCGUCUCCAACCCGCCAUACCAACGCGUCGACUGGCACCAUGAUGGGGCGUUAGUGGUGCACAAUGUGACAUCUGGUGUGGUGGUGAGCGGCCUCUCGCUGGUGCUGCGUCGCCUCAGUCGGGAACAUUCUGGAUCAUACACCUGCGGCGCCCACAACAUCGAGGGUUACAACAUCAGCAACCCUGUCACCCUCUCCGUCAGGCACUCACCAAUAUGUGCUGGGGAUAAACGAGAGAGGACCCAGGGAGCCGCCCGGGGGUCGACUGCAGCCGUCAAGUGCACUGUGGAGGCGGAACCUGACCACGAUCUUAACUGGACCUGGAUCAGGAAGCGGGCUGACGGCAGCGACGAGGAGGUGCCACAGGAGGACGUAAGGAGUGAAGGCCUCACCUCCAGCGUCUUCCUCACGCCCAACACGCCCGACGACUACGGCAGGUUUCUCUGUCUUGCUGAAAAUGUUGUGGGGCGUCAGCGGGCGGCCUGUGUUGUGAAUCUUGUGCCCGCUGGCCCGCCUGACACACCCACUAAUUGCUCCGUAGCUCCAGCAGACUCCUCCACCCACAUCCACACCCACACUGCUUCCCUGGCCAUCACCUGUAUAGAGGGCUUCGAUGGCGGCCUUCCUCAGCACUUCACUCUGGAGACUUGGCAAGAUGGUAGCCUCGCUGCCAAUAUGUCUAGCAUGUUUCCGGAGUGGGUGGUGACAGGACUACGGGCGGGCGUGGGGGUGACACUGAGGGUGGCCGCCCACAACGCCCGCGGAAAGUCUGACGUCAUACGAUUCGAGGUGCACACAGCGAGCGCCCAGCAGCACGCGGCGCCUGACUCUGAGUGGGGGUUGUUGGGGGUACCGCCCCUGCUAGGAGCCAUCGUGGGCGUGGGUGGCGUCCUACUCAUCAUCCUGGUGACGGGCGUGAUCAUCGCCAAGUACACGUGGCGUGCCCAGCCGCCCACUCACGUCCACACGCUGGUCAUGACACCGACCACCAGGCAGGACUCCGACACAUAUGAUCCUGAUGUUGUUUCUUCUUUACGUCGCAACGCUGACAAUCUCGACGUGCUGCCCACUACACAGAAAUCCACGUCCACGAAGUCACAUGCACACAAACAAACUGUCAUACGUACACACGCACAGGGACAGAGUGUUACGAGAGCUUAUGUAAACAGACAUGGGAACAAACACCCGUCAAUCACUCGAGGGUUUUGUCUCCAUAGACAGGACAGUCCUUUCCCCGAUACUGACAGCGACGAUUCCGAAGAUUCUGAUUCUGACUCCACCUUCACUGACCUUACGGCUGCAGGACGAGCCGCGGCAGCCCUUCCACCUGCUGGAAGAUACACCCACUCCCUCCCUCGACCCCUCAAGAGAGAACUCCGCCACGUUGCGUCCUCAUCAUUAGAUCUGCAAUUACAUUCCUGCCAAAGAUCACAAGUAGUGGCGUCCUCGAACGGGGUGAUACAAAGAGUCCCAUGUUUCACAAGGAAUCCGAGACGUCCACUGCCAGCGUCUUCUGAGGAACUGCGACACCUAACGUCCUCCGCUGAAGAGUUACACCCGCUCAUAUUCUCCGGGGACCUCCGUCACUUAUUGUCAUCUGGAGAUUUACGGCAUCUGUCGUUUUCUGGUACGGAGUUGAGGAUGGUUCCUUCCACGGGUACCUGGCCACCUCUGAGCUCCUCCUCCGGGGAGAUAAGACUACCUUUACCAUCUUCUGCAACGCUGCAAUCACUGACUACAGAGGAACUGCGGAUCCUACCCUCUUCUUCAUCUUCAUCUCCUUGGGAUGUACAAGGAAUGCCAUCAUUCAGCCAGCUGCCUACGUCUCCUCAGCAGUUACCUUCACUGCCUCCAUGUGCAGAGAUUUGUCCUCAGCUGCCUUACUUAGAAAUGCAGCUACAGACACCUCACACAGAGCUGCAUCAACGGCCGUCUUGCGGAGUACAGCAACUACGAGAGACGCAGAUACCCUGUGGUGAACUACACCCACGGCUGUCUGUCUCAGCGGUGCAGGCACGACCACAGUGCUCAGACCCUCUGCUAAUGCCUUGCUGUACAGGGCCUCAACAGCGGCAACAGUGUGCAGAGUUACAACAAAGGUCAUCAUUUUCAGAUCUCUAUCAACGGCCGCCUUGCUCAGAGCACCAACCUCCACCGCCAAUCACAGGACACCAACCUCGGCCGCCUUGUCUCAAGCAGAAAUCAUUACCAUCGCCUCUCUCUUACCUGGAAUUAGAACCAUCAGUUUCAUUAAAGGAACUGCAGCCUCCACAACCAUGUGGGGAGAUGCAGUCGCUUUUACCACUUGUGGAACUCCAACCGCCGCCAUCUUUCAGGGGACCACAGCUCACAGAGUUAACCAUUGCCGAGACUGUGAACCCAUGUAGCUUACCUCAAAAGAAUCAGGCUGAAAUGAAGCCUUUAUUUUCUCAAGUUAAUUAUCAGGCAUCAAUUUCGAAUGAACAGAUAACUUCAUUUAGUGCUGAAAAUGAUUUACAAUCAGUAAAAUACCCUACCGGGGUGGGGACUUUGUCGUCCCCCUCCAAGGCGAGUCACCCAUUACCAACAUCUUCAACAACGCAAAAAUUCGUUAGAUUUUCUGGAGAAAAACCUGAUCUUUCUACAGAUGGGAUUGAUAGAACUUCUCCUUCCCUGAGAAAUGAUAAGUUGGGGUUUGUAGGAAAGUUCCCUGAAUCGAUCCCGAGGCCACUUACUAAUACUACAACGCGGCCAUUACUAAGAUCUUCCCAUUCCUUCCAAGAUAACCAAACACAACAUACAAGCAACACGGGUAAUAAGACACAUACGCGACGAAAAGAGCCGAUAGAGAUGGGUAAACAAAUUUCGUUUAGCGACGAUGAAAGAUUACAGGCACCAGUUGUCGUGAGGAUACCAGCGAAAUCUGGAGCGGGUAAAAGUGAAAAACGAUGUGCUCAAUUGUUUUCCAAUGUCGAUGUGUCACCUUCCAGUGUGUCGAAAAUACAGCCAUUAGAGACAACAUCUGGAUCAGAAACAUCCUGUUGUCCAAGAGCGGCCGCAACAACAGCUUGUCCUCUGACUUUCUCAACAGAGUCCCAUUCCCCAACAAAAACCAUCUUGGCUUCUAAACUCUCAUCAGGAACUCCAGAAAAGAAAAAAGUUCACAGAGAGGUCAGUACCCCACCCAAACCACCUCGAGGAUCCCCACAGUUCUCCCCAGUCACAUCUGAGGAGCCACGGCCUCUUGCUACGUCAGUAGAUCAGUACGACUCACACGGAGAUGCUGAUUCUUCAGUUGGCUUCGAAGAGUCCGUCAGAUCAGUGGCUGCUAAAACUCCCCAAAUAUCUCUAAAAUCGACAGCUCUCGAGGAACGGUUAGAGCCUCGGGGGCAGUAGAUAUCCUCGUGAAGAAAAAACCUUUUGUGCCUAUCAUUUUCGAAACUCCUUUUGCCUAUGACAAGCUUCAUGUUGAUGGAGAGAGCGUGUGACAGUAGACGAGACGUGUAAACACUUCCAGUCUUCCGACUGUCAUCAACAGAUCUCCAUUUGCGAUGUAAUUAGUCGCGCUAUGGGUUGUGAUACUCUGUGAACUGUGCAUUAAAGUUUUUGCUGGUGUUUGUUGAGGCACAUCCAGACAGUCCGAGCCAUCCCUGAUCACUUGGAUAGUUAUGAGAGAACUGCCAAUCUGACUUUGAUGUUGCUCCUAGUGAAGCAAUUGAACAGUAUUCCUAUUUUGAUUAUAUAUUUUGCUCUCCCGAUUAGUCUGAGUAAAAUAAGUACCAGACUAUAAUGAACUAUUAUGUGAAAAUGCUUUUUUAUAAUAACAUAAUCAAUAU